AUAGAAUUAGAAAUGUGUGUAGAGGAACUACUGGCUACAAUGAUGGCGGAUAUAAAUUGGUAGUCUGGCACAUUUAAAAAAAAAACAACCUCCGUAUUUAUUAUUUUUUAUUCAAAAUCUUAUAUUUAUAUUUAUGCACGGUUUUAUGUUCCCGAUUAGGUAAAAAAAUUUCUUUAUUGUUAUUUAAAAAAUUUGUGUAGUGAAGUGCGAUUGAUCAAAAUCAUACAUUCAAAAAAAUGUCGGGAGAUCCAAAUAAUUCUGUACGAGAACGGGAAAUCGCUGCAGAGGAUAGUAUUCGUGUUGUGUGUCGAUUUCGUCCUUUAAAUGAUUCAGAAGAAAAGGCUGGGUCAAAAUUUAUAGUGAAAUUUCCAUCAGGCUCCGAUGAUAAUUGUAUAUCAAUUGGGGGAAAAGUAUAUUUAUUUGAUAAAGUAUUUAAACCAAAUGCAACACAAGAAAAGGUUUACAAUGAAGCUGCCAAAAGUAUCGUAUCAGAUGUAUUGGCUGGUUACAAUGGCACAAUAUUCGCUUAUGGACAGACAUCCUCAGGAAAAACACAUACAAUGGAAGGCGUUAUCGGAGAUCCUGCAAAACAGGGUAUUAUACCACGUAUUGUCAAUGAUAUAUUCAAUCACAUUUACGCAAUGGAAGAAAAUUUAGAAUUUCAUAUAAAAGUAUCAUAUUUUGAAAUUUAUAUGGAUAAAAUUCGGGAUUUAUUGGAUGUAUCGAAAGUAAAUCUUAGUGUCCAUGAAGAUAAAAAUCGAGUACCAUUUGUAAAAGGAGCCACAGAACGUUUUGUAUCCAGUCCAGAAGAAGUAUUUGAAGUUAUUGAAGAAGGAAAAUCUAAUAGGCAUAUUGCUGUUACUAAUAUGAAUGAACAUUCCUCUAGAUCGCAUUCAGUGUUUUUAAUUAACGUGAAACAAGAAAAUUUAGAAAACCAAAAAAAAUUAUCUGGUAAAUUGUAUUUAGUGGAUUUAGCCGGUUCCGAAAAAGUAUCAAAAACUGGUGCCGAAGGUACCGUAUUAGAUGAAGCUAAAAAUAUUAACAAAUCGUUAUCCGCAUUGGGUAAUGUAAUUAGUGCAUUAGCUGAUGGUAAUAAAACACAUAUACCAUAUCGUGAUUCGAAAUUAACACGUAUUCUACAAGAGUCUUUGGGAGGUAAUGCACGUACCACAAUUGUUAUCUGUUGUUCGCCAGCUUCUUUCAAUGAAAGUGAAACGAAAUCAACACUUGAUUUUGGUAAAAGAGCUAAAACUGUUAAGAAUGUUGUAUGUGUUAAUGAAGAACUUACGGCCGAAGAAUGGAAACGUCGUUAUGAGAAGGAAAAAGAAAAGGUUGCCAGGUUAAAGGGUAAAGUUGAAAAAUUGGAGGCAGAAGUUAAUCGUUGGCGAUCUGGUGAAACUGUUAAUCCUGAUGAACAAAUUAAUUUGGUUGAAAUUGAAGCAGUAACACCAAUUACAGCAACAGAAACACCAGUUGAUCCAGAUAUAAUUGCGCCAGUCCGUGCAAUGCCUGGUGGCUUAAUGAUUGGUUCAAUUAGUAACGAAGAACGACAGAAAUUAGAAGAAGAACGAGAACGCUUAUAUCAACAAUUGGAUGAAAAAGAUGAAGAAAUUAAUCAACAAAGUCAAUUGGUUGAAAAACUUAAAGAUCAGAUGAUGGAACAAGAGGAAUUGAUAUCAUGUACACGUCGUGAUUAUGAGACAUUACAAGGCGAAAUGAACCGUAUUCAACAGGAGAAUGAAAGCGCUAAAGAAGAAGUUAAAGAAGUUUUACAAGCUUUAGAAGAAUUGGCUGUGAAUUAUGAUCAAAAAUCCCAAGAAGUUGAAACAAAGAACAAAGAAACUGAAUCACUAUCCGAAGAAUUAAUGCAAAAACAAGCAACAUUAAAUAUGACUGCAUCUGAGUUACAACAAUUAAAAGAUAUGAGCUCACAUCAACGAAAACGUAUCACUGAAAUGUUAGCGAAUUUAUUAAAAGAUUUAUCUGAGAUGGGUGUAGCAAUUGGUAAUGAUGUCAACGACAUGAAAUUAGGUAGUAAUACAGAUCCAGCAAAUAGUGGUAAAUUAGAGGAAGAAUUCACUGUUGCACGAUUAUAUAUUAAUAAAAUGAAAUCAGAAGUUAAAAAUCUAGCACAACGUGUGCAAGGAUUAGAAUCAUCACAAAUUGAUUCAAAUAAAAAAGUAUCAGAAUAUGAAAAAGAAUUAGGAGAUUGCCGAUUAUUAAUAUCACAACACGAAGCACGAAUGAAAAGUUUACAAGAAUCAAUGCGUGAGGCGGAGAAUAAAAAACGUGCUUUAGAGGAAGAUGUCGAUGCAUUACGUGAAGAAUGCGCUAAAUUAAAAGCAGCAGAACAAGUAUCCGCGGUUAGUGUUGAAGAGAAACAACAAGCUACCAAAUUACGUGUUGCACUUGAAGAACAAAUGGAUCAAUUACGUGAUGUACAUCAAAAACAAGUUGCAGCAUUACGAGAUGAAAUUUCUGAGAAACAACAGCUUAUUAGUGAAUUAAAAGAUUUAAAUCAAAAAUUAACACUCGCACAACAACAAAUGCAAGGCGAUUACGAAAAAUUGAAGAAAGAAGAAAGUGAAAAAUCAAAUAAACUACAGGAACUCAUUAUGACAAACGAACGUCGUGAGCAAGCGCGUAAGGAUUUGAAGGGAUUGGAAGAUACUGUUGCUAAGGAAUUGCAGACAUUACACAAUCUUCGAAAAUUAUUUGUACAAGAUUUACAAGCUCGUAUUAAACGUUCCGUCACAACUGAAGAUAACGAAGAUGAUGGUGGUUCUUUAGCUCAAAAACAAAAAAUAUCAUUCUUAGAAAACAAUUUAGAUCAAUUAACAAAAGUACAUAAACAAUUAGUGAGAGAUAAUGCUGAUUUACGUUGUGAAUUACCAAAAUUAGAGAAACGUUUACGUGCAACAAUGGAACGUGUAAAAGCAUUAGAAUCCGCAUUACGUGAUGCUAAAGAGGGUGCAAUGAAAGAUCGUAAACGUUAUCAAUAUGAAGUUGAUCGUAUCAAAGAGGCUGUACGACAAAAGAAUCUUGCACGACGUGGUCCAAGUGCUCAAAUCGCAAAACCAAUUCGUGCUGGACAACAUCAUACCAACACCAUGGUGAAUUUACGAGGAACACAAGGUAAUGUUAUCAGUCCACGAAUUAUUUCUGAUAACGAUGCCAACAAACGUAAAAGUAUAAUAAUCGGAGGAAAUCGAGAUGAAAGCUGAAUUAAUGCUUAAAUAAAUAAAACAAUUUUAGAUUGAAUGAUGGGUGCAAUUCAUGUUUCCUCUACCUAUCGUGUAGUAGUAUGGUGCUUAAUAAUAAAACUGGUUUCAAUAUACAAAAAAAAAUUUACAAAUUCAAUUCUUCAUAAAACAAAAAUCAAAGUUGCUUAAAGAAGUCGUCAUAAUUAAUAAAAAAUAAUUAAAUUUCAAAAACACAAAAAAAAAAAAAAAUUUACUUAAAUGCUUCUUGUGGCUUAUUUAUGUUCGUUCUUCGUAAAAAAAAAUUUUCCCCAAAAAAGUUUAUGAAAAAAUUUAUGUAGUUUAAAAAAAAUCGCUUCUUCCAUAGACUAUUUUUCAAAACUACGUGUAAUAUAAGGUUCAGAUAGCUUCACUUAGGAUUACCUAAGUGUUUCAAAGUUUUAUCUGAAUUCGAUUAUAACGUUUUAUCAACACGUAGAAUCCUUUUUUCAAAUGUUUUAAUCAGCUUCCCCACACAGCGCAUUUAAAAUAAACCGAACUUAGACGAAUCAAUUUUUUUGAGCGUACCAUAUUUUGUGCAAUUAUUUUUUAGGGAUUUUUUUCUUAAUAUUUUAUUUUACCCCCUCAUGUGUCCACAAUUGUAGUAUUUUAGUGUAAUAAUCUUGCCAAAAAAAGGAUUUUAAAAUCGAUUUACAAAAAUUGCAGCUUUU